AUGGCUAAAUUCUCUGGCUACCUCGUCUCGUUUUCCAAUUCUAGGAGACAACUACCUGGCAAUUAUUGUUCUAGUGGCUCUCGGUCGCGCUACUCCCGCGCAGACCAGCAUGCGCCGGCGCGAACGCCGCCUGUCGUUGUGACGCCGAUGCCUCGUCGUAGCAUUUUUAGGGAUGCAGCGGCUGUGGCUGGUGGAGUAACAGUAGGAACGACUAUGGGCCAUCUAGCGGGAGAAGCAAUUUCGAGUCUAUUUACGGGCCGCCACCGUGAAGAAGUCAUGCACUCACUUCCGCAAAACUAUCAACUUGGCACCGAACCCAGCGGACCUUGUGCCUACGAGAUCGCACAGUUUUUGCAAUGCGCGGCUAACCGUGACAAUCUGCAGGAAUGCGAGGCUUUCAAUGAAGCUCUAAGGGAUUGCAAGAGAAGGAAUCAAGACCCACUUUUGAAGUUGUUACGAUUGGAUCUGAAUUUGAUUCCAUUUAAAAAUUAA